GUCUGUUUGUUAUUGUAGUCAGUGAAAGGGAAUGAAGGGGUUCCCCGCUCAGAAGAAAGUAACGGGAGAGACUUCGGCUGCCAAAUGUCAAACUCUCCAGAGAAGACGCCCUCGCCCCCAGAGCCGGAGCCCGUGGGAACAGCCCAGAAAAGCAAGGAGACCUCCUCGAAGGACAAGAAAUCGGUAGACAAGAAGUCAGUGGCUGAGACCAACAAGCAGAAGAGCAGCAAACAGGACGCCAGAGAACCAGUGCAGGGUGCUCAGCAGCCCACAGUGGAAGCAAACUUGCUGCAGAAUGGGGACAAGACCCCAAAGAGGUCUGAGAAGCGGCGACAGUCCCUGGGGGGCUUCCUGAAGGGCCUGGGACCAAAGCGGAUGUCAGAUGCCCAAGUGCAAACAGACCCUGUAACGAUUGGACCAGUUGGAAAAUCCAAGUAAACAAACCACCCAGUUCCCACCGGGUUCUCCCAUCCGUCUCCGAGCUGUGUAUAUAUUUGUUUUCCUCCUGGCCAGCCAGUGGAAUUCUGCCUACCACUUCAACCUGAAUUGAUGUAGAUCAAGGUGUAUUAUUUACGUCUCCGGUCCGGUCUUUCCUGGCAGAUAAGUGUAAAAAUGGGUUAGCAGGUUAACUAGUUGAUCGAGGGGACCUGCUGAGUGCCAGGUGCGGGAGAGAGUAGGUAGUUAAAGGCAUCUGUGUUAAGUUAAGGAAAAAAAAAAAACAAAAAAAACAACAUGGCAGUAUCCAGUAAGUUGUACAAGAAAAAUGCUUAUAAGAAAAAGAAUAUUCUGCUUUGUAGCAAGUGUAGAUUCAUCCUCUAAGCCUGAGGGGGGGGAAGGAGAAAAACAUUUUUUUUUUCCAGUUCACACUUUGGGGGAGGAGGACUCGGGACAGGCCCUGCCCUGGGCAUCUGCCAACUUUAUAGAAUGGAAUGUGUGGGCUGUGAAGAGGAAUGGGGAAGAGUUGCUUUUCAAAUAGGGUCCUUGAAAGUGAAGGGGAGUGAUUGACUGCAAUGAUUUGGGGAACAAUUAUUUCUGAGGUGCAGGAACAAGGGCACGGAUUACCAACUCCAAAAGAAAAACACAGAGGAAAAUGAACUAAAGCUGCAGGUUUAUUUUGUAACACAAGGCGGCACCAAGACCUCCGCUUUUCCCUUUGCAUCCGGCACCCCUAACAAAAGACUUGUCUCUGCGAUAUUUCGUUAUUAAUGUUUCUCAGAUGGCUGAGGGACCUGCUUCAUCUGUUCCGUCUGACACUUAUCUCACGCCUGUCUGUAAUGUCCUAAUGUUUUCAUGAUGUGCUCUGAUAAAAAAAAAAAAAAACCUUCCCCUAACCCAGUUAAUAAAAAUUGACAGAAGAUUAUGCAAAUA